CUUACAUACAGUGAACUAAUUUCUUAGAUUAUGGUUUCAAUUUACAAUUAAUUUCCUACACGUGUUUUAUACUCAAUAGUUUUUGGAGUGGAAAAUAUUAAUAUCCCUAUCGAUAUAAUUUUUUUAAGACAGACAAUUUUUGGCAAAUGAUAUUAUUCCUGUUUACCAUCUUCAUAAAAAAAAAUCCGGGCAAGUUGCCCUGAUCACCCUGUAUCUAAACUAGUAACUACUAUUAUAUAAGGUGAUGCAAAACUAUAUAAGACAUACGUGUGGGUGUUAUAUAUUUUGGCACACUACUACUCCAACAUUCGAUCGUUAUCUUCUCCUUCCCACUCCCACUAUUUCCCUACACAACUCUUCCUAUCAUGAAUUUACCUCACUAAGAAAAUGCCCGCGGCUAUUUUCGAGUCUAGUGCGAGUCGCGGUUACGACAAGACAUUUUUAUUGUAUAUAAAAAUAUGUUUAAUUUCCAUUCGUCGACGGUUUAUUUUUCAUUCCAGUGUGUAUGUGUAAUUUAAAUAUUUAAAUCUCGUAUGCAAGUAGAGUUUGUUUUUUAAGAUAAUGUAUCAAUUUUUUUUUUAAUUAUUCGUCGAUCUAUACUGAUAAUGUUGUUUUUUAAAUAAUAAAAAUAAAUGCAUUUUAUACUAAGUGUUUAUAUAGCUUAAUGCACGUGUGUAUUUGUUGUGCUUGAAUAAAAUAAUGUCUGAACCAAGCAGUUCACGUGACGAAAAUGAGGAUAAGCCACGAAAAUGUAGUUUUAAAUUAAUUACAAGAAAGAAAAAAAUAACAAAAAAAAGCUCUCGAAUCAGUAUUGGAGAAUGUAAUGAAGCAAUGGGUAAAACUUGGGAAAAAGAAUCGUUUAAAGAUAGAAAAAAUAGAGGUUCCAAACGAGAACGAUGGCUGUUAACACGAAAAACGUGGAGAUAUAUGGCAGAUGCUGGUAGAAAAUUGAUACCUGAAAAUGUUGGAAAUCGACCCGAAGAUGUACCAAAGAUCGAAGCAUACUUUCAAGACGUAUGCCAAAAGGAACCUAGAUUUUUACUAUGGAGAAAACAAUCAUACCCUGGAGCCUUAGGAUUUAGAAGUCGAGGUAGACCAAGAGGAAACAGGUUUAAAUUAGGAAGUGUCCGAGAAAACGCUAGUAGUGCGGACGAAGCUGAAAAUAUAGUUAAGGUACCUAGUGUAUCAUUUUUAGCACAUCCUAGACCAGCUGGAAGAUAUGAACUUCAACAACUCAGAAAAGACUUUUUAUUUGGUUCAACUGAAAAUAAUACACUGUUAUCAAAUUAUCAAUAUCCUGAUUCCAAAUCUGACUUAGUUCAAUUUAUUAAUGAUUAUAUUGGUAAUCCCGAAGAAACAACGCGCGUUGAAGAAUCUUCGUUCGAUCAUGAACAACUUUUGGAAAAACUAGAAGAUUAUAUAUCAAAAACAAAUGAUACACAAACGUUAGAUAAUAAAAAACCUUUGAGAACGAGUAUAUUGGAAAGUGAUAACACACAAAAAAAUCUAUUGGAAACUUUAAGGAGGUACUAUGCAAGGUCAACAAAUAGAGAAAAAGUAAUAGGAGAUAUUUUAAUGGAUAGAAAACUGUUAGAAAACUUGUACUUUGAACUAAGGAAAACGAGAGGAUUUUUGGGUCGAAGAGUAAUUGGUUCAUCGUCAAAUUUAGGACUUUCUUCUAUGAAUUAUUUUAAUUCCGCGUGGAAUGAUAAUCAAAGAAAAUAUGAUAGAGUAAAUACAUCAUCAGAAUAUUUAAAUAUUUUCAAUGAUAAAAAAAAUAAAUUGUUUUUAUCAAAUGACAAAUCGUAUAAUUUAUCGUCUCCGCCACCUGUUAUAGAAAUUGAAGACAUGGAAUCAAAGUACAUUGAUGUUGGUAUUCAAACUGUGCCCUUAGAACCAGCUAUGUUAGGAUUGAUCGAAGAUGAGAAUAGAAGAAAACUCGAUUCAACCGAAAUGCCCGAUAGUUUAUCAAAAGUUCCUUCGAAAGCUUUACAACGCAAAGCUAGCAUAGAAAAUGACGAUAUAUCACCAUCUGUAAGUGACACAAUAAAAAGAUAUUUGAGAAUGGCAAGAAAAAAAAGCGUUGAAUCCGAUAAAAUAGAUAGGUUUAAACGAGUAAACUAUGACCGUAAUAUAAGAAAUAUUAAAGGUAAAGGAGAACCGGAUAUAUGCGAGGGUGAUGAUACUAAUAAAUCAAUACAAACAGACGAUUCAUGGCUUUCGAUUUUAAAAAAUAUUGAUGACAAUUCUAACUCAAGAAUAACAAGUUCUAGAAGCAGUAUUGAUACUGGCACGACCUUUAGCGGAGAAGAACUGUUAUCACCUCCUUUAUCCCCACCGAAGUCUCUUAACGCCCCCGGAAUGCAGAAGUCAAGAUCUUCAACAAAUGUUCAGCAAGGGUUUAUGUCCAAGCGCAUAUGGAAAGGACGUUCAAAAAGUCAAACUAGAACAAAUGCGGUUGCAUCUCCUUGGACACCAUUGGGUAAUUGUCUAUGGCUGCAUGCAAGUGGAAAAUCAAUUCUUUUAAAGGAUUUGAGUCUUCUGGACUUAACCGAUCUUGAAAAAGAAGUACUAUCGCUUGUCUCCCUAAAUAAACUUCAAGAAAUAAGUCUUGGAGUUCCAGUACGAAUACCAACAGGAAAUGUGUUAUCAGCCGGUCCAAAAAAACGAAGACCAUAUCUUUUAAAACGAAGAGCAAAUACCACAGGCAACUUGAAAGAUAAGGAUGAUAACGAAAGUCUUUAUCCGCAUACAAUAUUUGGAGUAUCGUUAAACGAUUGCUUAGAACAAGAGCGAUCAUCAAGAUCUCACUUAAAGGUUCCAACUGAGGCUCAGUAUGUGCCGAAAUCCCCACGUGGAAGAAGCAGUUUCUCAAGUUAUAUUGAAGUUCCCAAAGAUUCUAGUGAACGAUCACAUUCCUGUGACUCUACAUCAAGCACACCUGUCAGUGAGUUGAUUAAGACUUUCACAAGUUCUAGUUCAGAUAUUUUAUCUGAUGAUAAUGAUAGUGACAUUAAAUCACACAAAAAUGGAGUUCCUAGUUUUGUCACUUCAUGUCUAAACUACUUAGAAACAUAUGGACUACACAAAGUUGGAGUAUUCCGGAUAAGUAGUUCAAAAAAACGUUUAAGACAGCUUCGAGAAGAUUUCGAUCACGGAAAAACGUUAGAAGAAACAUUAUCAAAAAAUGAAGAUCACGUACACGAUGUAGCUACUUUAUUAAAAGAAUAUUUUAGGGCAUUACCGGAUGCAUUACUUUGUAAUGAUCUUUAUCAAUGUUUCAUACAAACUCAGAAAAUACGUAACAGGCAUUUGCAAUUAGAUGCAAUCAAACAUCUAAUACAAUUGUUGCCUGUAGUAAAUCGUAAUACACUCCACGCACUACUUAUGUUUUUGAGUAAUAUGGCAAAAUUUUCAGAAGAUUCAAAAAAUUCAAAUGGUCAUUUAGUAGAAGGUAAUAAAAUGGAUGCAAGUAACUUAGCUACGCUAUUUGCACCAAACAUCCUUCAUAAGCCUAUUAAAGAACUUAGUCCCAAUGAUUUAAGCGAAGAAAUGACGAUGGAAAGAAGAUUAGCAAUUGACGUAGUUACAGCUCUAAUUGUAAAUUACGAAUAUUUAUUUAAGGUACCAGCUGACCUCCUAGAUGAAGUAUAUGUCCAUAUGCUAGAUACAAACCCUGAAGGUCUAGACAAUGUGAUGAGAUUACGAUUUUCGAACGUCGAGAAAACUAUCCAAAAUGGAUCCACUCAAGAGUCAAAAGAAACUUUGUUAAACGUACAAGAUAAAAUUGGAGCAAAUGUUUCCCCAGAAUUUGAGUCAACUAAAAAUUUGGAAAAUCAGGAAAAAAAAAUUUGGACAAGAGGAGAAUUCACACACCAAAAUUCUGGAAUAGGUGGAUCGGAUGAUAAUGAAGAUUAUAGAUAUAAGCCUAGAGAUCGAGAAACCAGAAGAAGCCGGAGCAAAGGAGCGACAGCUUUUUUCCCAGACGAUGUUGAAGCAUUUACUUACCCAGUAUUUGAACGCAUGCAAAUGAGUAAAAAGCCUGACAAAAUGUCGAGUAAUCAAAUGCAUGCCAACGGAAACCAAGUAAAUGAUUAUGACGGCGUUAUAACUGCCAGUUUAAUGAUACCAGUGCCUAUUAAACAACUACCUAAUUCUUCAUAUCCAUUGAAUGUAGAGGACACCGAUAUACCGUUUAUUGAGGAUGAGAGCAGACAAACUAAUAGUUCUACAGCAAAUUAUCAUCGUAUGUUAGCUACGGUAUCUUCAGAUAGUAGUUCCAUAUCCAGUCCACCGACAUCACCUGAUAAUGUCUCUGGAACAACAAAUUAUACUCCAGAUUAUUAUAAUAAAAAAUCUAUAAAACCUGACCAGAGAAAUAUGCAAUCCAUUAAAGACUUAUCGAAAGAUGCGGAUUCCGAUCACUAUAAAGCUGAAAAAAAAGGAAAAGAGAAGGAUAUAAAAUUUUAUCAAAAAAUAUUAUCCAGUACAGGUCUGGAUAGAUUGUCAAAAAGUGCUAGUUCUACUGGUGUUACUAAGCCUACUGUGUACAAAGAAAAGUUAAAACACGGACCCGACGACAUGACUUUAUCUCCAGAACCAGUGAAAAUAUGCUCUAGUAUAACAAACAUAGGCGGUGCGGUUUUGCGGUCCAAGACCGCCGACAUUGAACACAUAUUGCGGAAACAGGCGGCUUUGAAGCCUAGAAAAGUCAGUCAGACAUCAGAACCGUCGGCGGGCCACGAGAAACCCAAACGGAAAACAUCGGCUGAAGCCACUAGACAUCCGCUGAGGAUAGAACCCGAUCCGAACGUAGGCGAGAGGCUGGCCGGAUGUUCGUCUUACCGGUCUCCGUCACCAACAAGAAACGUCUGGAGACGGAAGGACGUCAUAUCCAGCAUGCCCAAGCACAAAAAACCAUACAACUGAAUACACUGUCAGAUAUAAUAAUUUCAUAUACAUAUAUACUGACAAGGUCAUAUUAUAAGAAUCUAUUAUUAUGUAAAUAAUGCCGUUUAUACUAUUAUAUUAUUAUUUUACUAUCACACGAUUUGCUUUUCUGUUUUCGUUUUAGUCAAAAUGCAAAAUGAAAAUAUAUGUAAAUAAAAAAAAAAAAAACUGUAAUCACUUAAAAAAGAAGUCUUAAUCAUAUACAUAUUUGUAUUUGUGCUUACUAAUUAUUAUACUUUUUAUACUUUUUAAUUUUAUUGUCUCACGAUUAUUUUCGAUAUUUUAUUUAAAUAUUUUUUUUAUAAUUUCAUCUUAUUGAAAAAAAACCACUAAGACUUGAGUCUUUUGAACAUAUUAA